CACUCUCUUCUAUUUUUCUUCCUUUUAUUUGCUGAUUUUUAACAAAGUCAAACACAGCCAAAAGAGACCACUAUUUGCAACACCUUCAAUUCCCCUUCUCUUCUCUCUCCUUCUUUCAAGUUUUCAAGGAGAGUGGUUUUGGGAACAUCAAGAACCAAGUUUUCAUAGGCACCUGGUAUUACUACUAUUUGCCUGAAAAGUGCAACAUUGCUUAGACAUUCAAGAAACUACUACAACAAACUGAAUAGGGAUAAAGUGAUUCUUUGGUUGACAUUGGUUGUUCAAGGACAGUGCCCAUGAGACAAAAUCCAAUUUGGAAUCGUGGGUGAUUGAUAGAAUUCAUUUUUGCAUCUGUUUGUGGAUCCAGCUCUUGCUAGAUUGAUCUGGGUUUGUGGUUUUUUGGGUUACAAUCAUGAAGUCUGGGUCACUGGAUCAGUGGAGGAGUUACUUUCGGUCUGCGAAUUCGGACAUAUUUGAUAUAAUUGAUCAUGCGAUCAUUGUGGCUGCUUCUGAUUGCCCCAAGGAGUUCAGAUUGAGAAGGGAUUGGAUUGCAGAGAGGCUCUUCUCUUGCAAGUUGACUCGUUGUUUGGGGUGUGAUCGGGUGGAGUUAGCUGUUGCUGGUGAUGGUGGUGAAGAUGAUGAUGAUCAUGAUGAUGGAGGUUGUAAGAUUGAAGCUGGGGCAAGCAAAGAGAGCAAGGCUAAUGAUGCUAGUGGAGAUGAUCAUGGAGAGAUGAACAUGAACCCGGAUAGCAUUUAUAGCUUUGGUGAAGCUGAGGCUUUGACUGAUGAGAUUGAAGAAGAGUCUCAGUAUCUUGAAGAGGUUUUGAGGAUCAAAGAACUUCUGCUUAGCUCUGAAGAAGCGAGUGACUCUGUGAUAUUUGAUUCACUGAGGAGACUUCAGCUGAUGGAACUCACUGUGGAUCGUUUAAAGGCAACUGAGAUUGGAAAGGCUGUCAAUCCUCUCAGGAAACAUGGAUCACAGGAUAUUCGUCAACUUGCUCGGACUCUUAUCAUUGGUUGGAAAGAAAUGGUAGAUGAGUGGGUCAAUGCUACAACAACAACAGUUAUUGCAGCUUCAGAAGGUACACCAGAUUCAGUGAAUCCAUCUGUUGUUGAUGACGAUGAAGAAGAAGGACUUCCAUCACCUCCUUUGGAUGAAGGGGCCUUCUUUGUUACUCAAGCUGGUUCAAUGGAACUCUCACAGUUCUUUGAUGGCAUGGAUGAUGAUGGAAAUCCUCGACAAAGUGGGCAAUUCAACAAGAACCGUGAAAAUGGCCGAAAGCCGGCUAUGGACAAUCAAGUUGUAGAAAAGAGGAAAGUUCAAGCUUCCAAUGAAACAGCCUUCACAUUCACUGCAAAGGACACGAAGAGUCAGCAAGCGAAGAAAAAUGAGGCUUCUGUGAGGUUAAAUAAACCAGUAACCGCUGAUUCGGGCCCUGGCAGACCACCAAAAUCAAAUAUGCAGAGAAAAGCCAGCGAUGAGCCAAAGAUGGCAGUGCAGCAAAAAAUAGAGAACAAUACAAUCACAAGGAGGCCUCCCAUUGUUCAGCAAAAUAAAUCUAAAUGUUCAGAUGAUGCUGCGAAGCUAGAAGCCACUAAGAGGAAACUUCAAGAGCGCUAUCAACAAGCUGAAAAUGCUAAGAGGCAGAGAACUAUACAAGUUAUGGAAUUGAAUGAUCUUCCCAAGCAAGCGAUUGCACACCGGAAUCCUCAUUUCAAAUCUGGAAAUCAUAGGCAAUGGGGACGAAAAUAGAGUUGUUCAUUCGGGAAGACACGAAGACUUUGCAACCUUUCUAAGCUUCUCCUCUUCACAAUGUUGUAGGAAGAAGGGUGAUAACUGCUAUUGGAUUGAAAAUUUAUGACCCCCUUACCCUAGGAAAAUAACAAAUCCAUUCAACAUUGUUUCUUGGAUUGAAGAGCUAUUUUGAUUGACAGGGAAGUAAAUUGAAAACUGUUUAUUUCCUAAAAUAAGAUAUCGAGUACAUAGGAAUUUUUGUUAAUCCAAGAUUGGAUUUGGAGAGGAUCUUGACAUGUAACUCAACCUCGGACUUGGAAUGAUUGUUGAUAGAGAUCUCCAUUGUUUCAGACUUUCAGUACAUGUUCUUUUUGUUACAUAUACUGAUACAUACUUGGGCCUCAUAUAACUUAGUAUGUGCAUGUGUCACUAUCUUGAUGGCCUGUUGUAUAAUCCUUGAUUAUGUAAUCACGUUUAUAUCAAUAAGAAUUAUCCACAAAAGCAUGGAAUUGUUCCA